AUGGCCAAGGUGUGCGAGGGAUAUGACGUCCCGCUGAAUUCAUCAGUCGAAGCCUCUCAAGGGAAAGAAGUGGAAAUAGCCAUAGUGAUUACGACGAGGGCAGCUUCACCAGCCAAUACUCCCGAUCUCGGUUUUGUUGGAGAUCCGCAAAGAGCGGCAGUGGCUCUAUCCCGAGCCAGGCAAGGCCAGAUUGUGGUUGGCUAUUUUGAAACUUUAUUUCGGACCAGUUAUUGGCGCGGACUACUGAAAUCAUUUAAUGAAAAAAUAUUAAUUGUGGGACAAGAUUACGUCGAGCAUCUCAAAUCGCAGAAAGCGAAUUAUAUUAAUGGAAUUUUGCUGGACGAUGCGUAUACACCCUCCGCAAUUGAUUUGCCUUGGGCACCACGAGAAUAUUGA